AUGGCUAAUCGCUGGAAAUAUAUGGGACAUGAGAUUGGCGGUUGGGUAGCAACAAAUCCUGAACCAGCUCAAAAACUUGUAUUUAGACUUGAUAAACAUAAAUGGAAAGGAAAUGGACAAUAUGCUCGUUUACCUGAACAUUAUAAACGACGUGCUAUUGAACAUCUCUAUGGAGAUAAGGAAGAUGUACAUGAAGUACGUGACAAACGAAAAUUUAUUGUCAAUCAUGAAACUGGUGUUUGGACACGUACAAAACAUGUACCUGUAACAGUUGUACCAACAAUUCAAGCUGAUAAAGGUUUAUGGGGUGGUGAAGGUGUAUUAAUUGGUUAUGAAGAUGGUAAUGUUGUUGAUGAUUAUUAUCGAUGUUUUAUUUCGGUGCCUAAAAUAAUGAAAUUACUUUUCUAUAGUGAAAUUCUUAAUCAAUAUUAUGCUGUUUGUGUUACACGACGUACAGUCGCUAAAAUUGAAGAAGCUACAACAUUUGAUCAUUAUAUUCUUAAAACUUCUCUUCAAGAUCUCAAUUCAAAAUUUGGUUUUGAUCUUCGUCGACAAAUGUUACAUAAAUUAGCUGAUAAGAAUGAGAAUCUUUGGCCUAAUGAUCCAGAGAAACGAUCAAUUAUAUAUGAAAAAUAUAAACAAUAUCAAGUAUCUAAAGAAGAAAUUGAUUGGAUUGGUUUGUUACCUGAUGAAGCAUUAGAAAAACUUGAAAGAGAAGAAGAUGAAAAAUAUGAACGAUCAAUUCGACCAUGGAAGGAAUCAUUUCGUGAAUCACUUAUUGCCGAACUUUCUCGACGACAAAGAAAUAAUGAACCAAUUGAUAUAACACCAGUUGCAAUAAAACCAGCACCGAAAACGUUGAAGGAAAAAGUUAUCAAUAAACUAUGGGGAUCCUGA